GCAUGGCUACAAAAGUUUUGGCAGGAAAAGUAGAAUUACCACCUCAAAGAAAGAUGAGACAGUGCGUGGAUUCUCUAAAUGAAGCUACUCUGCGCAGGCGGAAACGUUACAGCUACUUUCUCCCAGGUUUCAAGAUGAUGGAAAAUAUUGCAGUAGAUCUUGGCGUCUACCCCAGCUUCUGUACUCUGUUACUGCGAGACCCAAUGCUCGCCUGGAGGGUCUGGUAUGGACCUAUCUACAGAUUGGACCGAAGCCACAACACCCUACUCUUCGUUGGUCAGAUGGGCUCAGACAUUGCCUUGCCACCUGUCAGCGAACUCCAGGCCCGCAUGGCUACAAAAG